CCUGCCGUCCACCCCCUGGGGCCUACCUUUUCCAGAGAUUACCUCGACUUUACAACCACGGCCACCAGGCGACACCAGGUUCCAACAUUCAAACCUCUGAUCCCGACACCUUGCCUCCGGUCCAAUCCAUCGCCUGCCGACUCCGCCCACAACUUCAAUGCUAUCGCCGUUUCAACAUUGACAAGCCGGUUCCGACGCGCAACCUUACUGCACCACCUAUGAUCGCCGAAAUCAAUACUGCGGACGAAAGAAGGCCACCCCCCGGAAUUAUCACUCGUUGACGUCCACCGUAUUGAAGCAAACAUCGAUAGCUUCUUGCGCUGCGCAUGUGGGCAUAGUCACAUUCUCUCUUCACGGCGACAACACCCGAGAUCACGGCGAACAACUUUUAAUCUUGCGACGACCGGCGCCGCAGCCCGCCUCAAUCAACUGUAGUCCCUGUCAGAGUACAGGAAGUAGUCUUUCAUUGCAGCGCAUUGUCGAUCCGUUCACCAUCGCCGCUUUUUGCCAUACCUGUCUGCCUUCCCACCGGCUUUCCCACCGGCUUCCCACCCCACCAGACUUGGGACGACAUCAACAAGUGCACCAAGGACGAACGAUCAGAUAAAACCGACACGUGCUGCAUCUACCCUAUCACGACCUCGUCGCCGCCGCCGACUCGGGUAUUUCCCUCUCUAAACAAACGAAGCCAACCUAAAUCUGCCGUCGCACGGUUUCAAGAGACCAUCCUCACCCGGUCUACUACUCACCCACUCCUCAACGUCAAAUCAGCAACACAGGUUCCGACAGGUUUACCACAGUAUUGAAUCCCGAAAUUAAACAUGGUGACCACCGGCGACGUCUCCGGGCGCGCCGCACAUUCGGCCGGCACCAAAAGGUCUAGUUAUGAUACCCGCAGCCAGGCAGUCCACCCAUCAACAACGAGGGUAACGAGAUCGUCGAGGCUGCAAACACCGCCUCCCCCGUCAUCAGGAAACUCGCGCGAGGAACCACCGACGGAGAUUGCCAGGAACCCACGGGCACCAACCAGAACUGAGGACCAUGUGAACAGCUUGGACGUCGAAGCAGUUGAUAGCGCUUUGCGCCGGGAGAUUCAGCAACGCCAAACUUCACCAGGGCCAAGUUCGCAUAGGAAGCGACAACGCAUUAAUGGAGAUAGGUUUAUUCCCACCCGGUCCGGUCAGGAUUUGCAAGCCAGUUUUAGUCUUUUGCAUGAAGAGGGCUCUCCGGCGACGCCUAGACAGAAAAGGCGCACACCACAGGGGGAGCUUCAUUUUCAGAAAACUGAGGAAGCAAACCGUACGUUCUCAACUGUGCUUCGAUCAGAAUUGUUUGAGAGUACUGUCCCACAGAUUGCCCCGGAGUCUUUAUCACCAGGCCAUAGGAGAGCAUCGCGGGGUUAUCUACAUGAGGGCACAAGGUCCCAGACGCCUCCUCGGAAUGGGCUCCAAGCCGCGGCAGCACCGACGACCCUUACCCCCUCUACACCUCACAAGAACCUGUUCUCGUACCUAUCACCACGACAUGCUAGCCUUGGCGGCCAUCCAACGCCAUCAAGGACGCCACAAAGUCGACAUGGCAUCAAUCUGGACACCCGGGCCGAAAUCUACAGUCUCUCACCCAUAAAACAUAAAAGCCAACAACUUUUACUGAGCCCGCGAAAGCAGCCGCGCGCCAUCAGCAAGGUACCAUUUAAGGUGUUGGACGCCCCUGAGCUGCUAGACGACUACUACUUGAAUCUAGUCGACUGGGGGAGCGCCAACGUCCUGGGCGUUGGUUUAGGAUCCAGCGUUUACAUGUGGAAUGCGCAAACAAGUAGAGUCAACAAGCUGUGCACGUUGGAGGACGACACGGUGGCCAGCGUAUCUUGGAUACAAAAGGGGACACACCUUGCUAUUGGUACCCAUAAAGGACUGGUGCAGAUCUGGGAUGCUGAGAAAGCAAGAAGGCUAAGAACGAUGACUGGCCAUACUGGCAGGGUUGGAGCAUUGGCAUGGAACACUCAUAUUCUCACGUCAGGAUCCCGGGAUCGCCUAAUAUACCAUCGCGACGUCCGAGCGCCAGAUCAGUGGCUCAAAAAGCUGGUUGGUCACAAGCAGGAAGUGUGUGGUCUCAAAUGGAAUUGCGACGAUGGCCAACUUGCCAGUGGAGGAAACGACAAUAAGUUGAUGGUUUGGGAUAAGCUUUCCGACACACCUCUAUGGAAGUAUUCCGGUCACACAGCAGCCGUCAAAGCGAUAGCCUGGUCACCACAUCAACGCGGUCUCCUGGCUUCCGGAGGCGGUACUGCUGACAGACGCAUCAUCUUUCACGACACCGUUCGCGGCACGGUACUCAACGAGGUGGACACGGGCAGUCAGGUCUGUAACAUUGCCUGGUCCAAGAACUCCAACGAAAUUGUCUCGACGCAUGGAUAUAGCCAGAACCAGAUAGUAGUUUGGAAGUACCCCUCCAUGACGCAAGUCGCCAGCCUGACCGGUCACACUUAUCGGGUGCUGUACCUUGCCAUGAGCCCGGACGGCAAAACCGUGGUGACGGGUGCCGGAGAUGAGACAUUGCGGUUCUGGAAUCUCUUCGGUAAGAGCCCGAGGAAAAGUGUCCACGACCUUGAUGGAGGCGGCAGUGGACGGUCGGGCGACUGGGGAGUCAUUCGAUGAUGACGUGAAGGAUAUGGAACCCGCAACGGGCGGGAAGGCACUUGGCCCAUGGACUGAAAGACGGCGACCGAAGAUCGAGACCGCCAGCAGAGAGCAGCCGUCGGGAAAGAUUGCCACGAUCAUACAGCGUGUACUACUCAGCUGUUUGAGCUUGAUGCUCUGGCAUCUUAUCCUGUUGAACUUUGAUGGCAUCGAUCUCGUAAAAGGCAUCGGACCUUCUCUUGUCCUAACUAUGAUGUGUGCGCAAUCUAUACAACACGCCACUUUCUCACAUUGCUCUCAUCACCUAGAGCUUGACAUACACUUUUUUUUUUUAAUCUUCUAUUUGCUCUUUAAGAUCUAGGGGCUCAACCCACCAGCGACUACUCUUAUGUAUUUUCUCUUCUUUUUCUUUCAUUCUCUGAUCAUGUGGUAUCUGAGAUGAAAGCGCGUUGAUUUGCUUCCCGGACCAAACAGGCGUUUGUGGUGGGUGGGAAAGACUGGAAAGGCGGGCGGGCGGGCGUGUUUAAAUUGGCUAGCAUGCAUUGGCACGACAUGGCAUGGACGGAUGGGAUUUGAAUUGUGGCUUUUUGUCGCAUCGCCAAUCAAUCAAUCUGCUUGGCUUUUCUUUUGCUUUGUUUUUGUCACUUCCAGGCUACAGCGAGGAGUAGGCGGAUAUGGGAUAUGGUGGGCCUGUUGGAAGGGUUCCCCAAGGCGGGUUGGUCUUAUUGAUGGGCGGGCAGACAGUCAGACGCUAUCACAGCGGGGUGUAAAGAAUAAGGUCCUGAGAUGGACCGACUAGACCUCUUCAGAGUUUGGGAUGAAAGAAAAUAGGGAAAGGGAACGCUUGCAUUGCAUUUUGUACAUAGCGGAUACCACUAUACCACUUUUUUGACUUGGUUAUAACCCGAUCAUUAACGACCAUCUGUCACU